AUGACUAACAAUCAAAAUGUAAACAGAUCUCCAGGAAUACAUUGCCUAUCUCCCGUGGUAAAUGUUGAAGAACAGAACGAAUGGAAACAAGUAAAAAAAAUUGCCAAAAAAUUUAGCUGCAAAAGAACAAAAUCAUUUGCUAUUGCCUACAACGUGCUGGGUAAAAAUUUCAAGGAAAAAAUGAUUUAUGAAAUGAAAGCAGGUUUACCUUUCUUCUCAAUCAUUAUCGAUGAAGUACAUAAUUUUAAAUGUCUUGAAAAUGGAUGUAACAAUUCAUUUCAGCAUAAUGAAGGACUGACAAGGCAUUUAACUGAACACCAUGGUCUCAAGAUAGAAUAUGAAACCUUGGAAUUUUCUGCCAGAGAAGAUUUUCUUGCCUGGAAAGGUGCUACAGAAAAGAAAGACAAAUCAUAUUAUGUUGUUUCUAAAACAGCAACAUCUGAAGACAAAAAACUUACUUAUUAUACAUGCAACAGAUCUGGAAAAAUAAAGUCUAGAUGUACAGAAACUGUACCAGUUGUCAAAGUUACAGAACAUAAUAAUAAACUUACUGUUUUUUGGGUGAGAUCUCAUUAUGGCCAUGCACCAGAAUUGCAACAUAUAAGGCUACCAGAAGCUGAUAAGUCAGCAGUAGCAUCUAAGCUUAUUUUGGGCGUCCCAGCAUCGAGGAUUUUGGAUUCCUAUAGAGACAUGCUGCCUUCUGAUAUAAGCGGACCUGAUCAAUUGAAUCGUGAAGAUAUCCUCACAAGAAAAGACAUUUCAAAUAUUAAGAUAUCUUAUCAUAUCAACAUCUCCGAAGGGGUUAAGGAUGAAAAUGAUGCUGUAUCUGUUGACCUUUGGGUAAAGCAAAGUGAGCAUGAUGAAUGUAAUCCUGUGUUGUUCUAUAAAAAACAGGGUGUAGCAGAUGGUGUAUAUAGUUUAAGGGUCUCUGAUUUUUGUUUAGUUAUAAUGACCAGUUUCCAAAAGAAUAUGUUAGAAAAAUUUGGAACUAACAUCAUAGCACUAGAUGGAACUCAUGGAUUGAACAAUUAUGACUUCGAACUAACAACUAUAUUAGUGGUAGAUGAAUUUGGUGAAGGAAUUCUUGUAGCUUUCAUGUUUACUAACAGAAAAGACACUUACAUUUAUGAAGUAUUUUUUAGUGUAAUCAAAUUAGCUGUGGGCGUUAUAGUUACAAAAACAUUUAUGACUGAUAUCGUUUUCACAUUUUACAGUGCCUGGUUUUCAAUAAUGGGUCCAGUUAUACACCAACUAUUUUGCUCAUGGCAUGUUGACCGGGCUUGGCAACAAAACUUAUUGAAAAUCAAAGAUAAGGUUAAAAGGAAAGAAGCUUAUAAAACUAUAAAGUUUCUUCAUCGAAAUACAAGUUCUGAAACAACUCUAAAUCAUCUACUUUCAGAUGUUGAUACAAAGGAUUUUGGCAUAUACUUUACCAAACAUUAUAAGGAAAAUUAUAAAAAAUGGGCCUAUUGCUUUAGAACAGGCUGUGGCAUUAAUACGAAUAUGAGGCUGGAAUCGAUGCACAAAGUCCUUAAAUAUUGUUACUUGGAUGGGAAAAAAGUAAAAAGGUUAGAUAGAAGUAUACACGUAUUAUUGAAAUUUGUAAGAGAUAAAUAUAUUGAAAGGAACAUUAAAAAAAUCAAAGGAAAACAUACAGUACACACAAAGCAAAUUGUCUUGAGACAUAUGACAGCAGAAAGUAGUGAAUUCAUUACUGAAAUAAUCAAAGAGGCAGAAUGGAUUGUUAGCUCCGAAUCAAAAGAGCUUUAUUGUGUAAAGAAGAACAAAAAUGAGUCUUGUUGUGAUUAUAUGUGUAGUAUAUCGUUUUCUUGGUUUUUUUGGUAUCCUGUGAAAUUGUUCAUUAUGGACAUAGCAGAUUUACACUCUUAUCCGACGAUAUGUAAUAUCUGCUACCAUACAUAUUCGUGUACAUGUAAUGACUUCAUUACUGCUAGCUCAAUUUGUAAGCAUAUUCAUUAUAUUGAAAUGAAAUAUUAUGGUCUAAAACAAAACAGAGUGAACAAAGAGAGGCAAGAAAAUGCUGGGUUAGUUAGGUGCACCCAAAAUAAAUUGGAUGUCUUAAGAGAAAGAAUUUCAAGAAAAAUAGCUCUGACAAUGAACAAGUUAGAUAUGAAUAAAAAUGGAUUUGAUGAAACCAAAAUGUUUCAAAUCGAGAACCACUUGGAUCUUAUAAAUAAAUUAAUAGAUUUGCCUUCUGAUAUUCCUACUGAGUCAUUUACUCCCAUUAACAGUCAAACUGAGCCAGCAAAUAAAAAAAUCUCUAAGCAAAAAAAUUUCUAUUCAACGCAAAAAAAAGUAAAAACAAAGAAAAACAAAGUAAAAAAACCGAAUGAGACAGAAGUAAUGAAUAUAAGUAGCAACUUAAAUAGUAGUUUUUCAGGCUUAUAUGUUUCAAACUCAGAGACUGAAGAUCAUAAAUAUUUUUAGAAUCAAUAGUUAUUGUAAAGGUAAAAAAAUUGUAUUGAAUAAAUAAAUUACUUUUAAAAAUGUGAAAUGUGUAUUUUUUAAUCUGGAUAAAUACAAUGAAUUAAUGGCAAUAUAUUAAGUAUUUUGACUUAACAUCAUAUUUCAUAUUCAAAUACUAUUAUGUGAACCUUGCUCGUUGCCUUCAUUCAAAAUGUCU